GCACGGUGCCGGACCGCGGCCGAGGCCAAGCCGCGAGGUCUGCAGGCGCCGUCGGCCAUCGGCGCGGCCAGGGCCUCGCCGCCGCCAGAGGACGCCGCGGCAAGACGACGGGCUGCGACGAAGCCGCUGGCCGCACCGAGGGAGCUGUCCAGUCGGAAGGGCCAGCGGGACGAGGACGGCGUCGCAGGGACUGAGGGUGGUGCCAGGCCGGAUGCGGCCGCUGCGGCGCCUGCGGUCGCGGAGCCGAAGCCCCCGGAGGAGGCUCGAGAUGCUGGCGGCGGCGAGGCCGCCCCUGCGGCGCCAGUGGCGCCCGUGGCGCAGGCGAGCGGGGCGCGGCCCGCCCGGGAGGCCGCCGACGGCGGCCGCCGCCCCCCGAGCGGCGGCGCAGAGGGAGGCGCCGCGGGGCAGGUGCUCGGGCGGGUGGCCAUGCGGGGGGAGGUGCGGAGGGGGCCGCCGCGCGGCCGCGCCGGCCAGACCGCGGGGUUGGCCAGGAGGCGGCACCGCCGCAGCGGCAGGCGCGGCCCAUCGGAGCGGGCGCAGGCGGGCGGUCGGCAGAGGAGCCCGCGCCCGAGUGAGCUCCCCCCUCGGCGGCUGGGGGAGCUCACCAGCCCGCGCCGCCGCGGCGGCAGCACGGCGGUGGCGAUGUUCGGAGCCGCGGGGGCUGGCGCGGGCGCCCCGCCUGGCCCGCUUGGGUUGGGCCCUGGCGGGGGGCUCCUCGGCGUGGGCGGCGGCGGAGUGCUGGGCGGCUUUCUGGGACUGCCGCCUGGCGUCGGCGCCCUGCUCCCGCCGCCGCCUGCCGGAGUGGCCGCUGGAGCUGCCGCGGCCGCGGGCGGAGCCGCUGCAGGCCCCGCAGCACCAGGAGGCGGAGGCAAGGCAGCGGCGAAGCCCGGGAUGGGCGGCAAGGGCGGCAUGGGCGGCAUGGGUGGCCCAAUGGGCGGCAUGGGCAAGCCGCCUGCCGCCCCGCCGCCCGCUGCAGGUCGCGGCAGAGGCGCUGGCGCUGGAGCAGGAGCGCCAGCAGCCCUGGGCGGCCCCGUGGUGCCGGGUCUGAUCCCAGGGAUCCCCGGGGUGGGAGCCCUCGUGGGACCACCCGCUCACGCUGGGGGUGGAGGCGGCCACGCCGUGGCAGGGCAGGCCGCCCACGCGGUGCCAGCCGCCGCCGCGCCUGUGCCCGUGGGCUGGCAGGCAGGCAUGCCCGCGGCGGGCGGGGCGCUGCCGCAGUUCGGAGCAGCGUUCGCCCAGCCAGCGGUGGCGGGGGUCGCGGCGGCGGCGCAGCAGGCUGGACCCUGGGUAUACGUGCCCAUGGCGCCCCAGGCCGUGACCCACGGCCUCCUGGGACUGAGCGCCGGCUGCCGCGUCGAGCUGGUGAUGUACGAUGCUGCCUGUCAGCCAAGCGGGACGACGACGAUGACCGUGACAGGGCUGUAUCCGCCUGACGCGGCAGGAGAGUUCGUGGAGUGCACAGUGGAGAGCAGCAGCGACCCUCUCUACCUGCCGAUCCUGCAGGGCAUCUUCGCGAUGGGAAGCAGCGUGGUGCACCUCUGCACCCAGGGCGUGGCGACUUGCUGUCGCACGACCGCUUGGCCAGGGCGCAACGUGGUGCACUCGGACACGUUGCGCGUGCUGGGGGCGGCCGGGCCUGGAGGCGGUGCCGCUGAUGGCGCUGGAGCCACCCCGCCUGGCGCCCUCCCUGCAGGCGGUGCGCCGCCCGCCGCUGACGCUGGACCCGUGGUGCCGGGCAAGAACGCAGGUGGAGCUCCCAAGGGCUCAGGCGGUGCCGACGGUGAGGACGUGGAUGGCAGGACGGCCGAGGAGAUGAGGAAGAUCGUCAAGAGGCUGAAGGAGAAGCUUCAGAGGAAGCGCUCCAUGGGCGAGGCGCUGGCCGAGCGCGCCGAGGCUGCGCUGGAGGGCCGCCGCAGCCGCAAGAAGCAGAAGAACAGGGACAAGGAUAGCUCCGACAGUGCGAGUUUUGAUGAGGCCCCGACCGCUGGUUCCGGCCGCCGAGUGCAGAAGCUGGCCCGCUCCGACCCCGGGGCGCUCAUGGCGGCGGGUCUGAAGCAGAUCCGAGAGUACUUGGCGCAGCGGGGCGGGGCCGACAACGAUGAUGAGCUGGAUAGGAUGGCGUCCAACGUGGUGCAGUAUAUCACGAGCGUGUGGCACGGCAUGCACCCUCAGAACGAGAUGGGGGUGCGGAAUGUGCGCGAGAUGAGGAUGAUCGGGGAGUGCCUGGACGCCCUCACGAGGGGCGAUCUGCCGCAGCUGGGCGACAUGCUCAUGCAGAGGCUGAAGGCCAUCGAGCAGGCCACCAAGGACGGGCACUGGAAGAUAGCCGAGCACCUCGAGCUGAUCGACUCCACCGACAUCGGGCUGGCCAGCAGCGCCGAGGUGUCGGCGGCCGUGGCAUCCUACUCGGAGGGUGCGAAGUUGAAGGACGCCCUCUCCCGCGACGCCGCCCCCACAGACAUCGAGUCCUGGAGCACAGGGGGAGAAGGAUGCGCCGACGCCCGGAUCGAGGAAGGCAGUGAAGAGAGCGUCGCCGAGCCCGGCAGCCGGGACAGGUUCGCGGACGACGUGACCGCGGAGGCGAAGGCUGGCAACAAGGGCAAGCCGAAGGGCGACAAAGGGCAGCACCGCGGGACGCCACCUUGGCGCUCGUGGAACCCGAAGGGCAAGGGCGGCACGAAGGGUCAGGCCCGUGGCAAGGGCAAGGCGUGUGACUGCACGUCCGACGGCAGCUGGGAGUCCGAGAUCACCUUCUCCUCGUACCUUGAGGAUGAGUGCAACGGCGCCGCUCAUGGCGCAGUCUCGGACGAGCCGUCCACGCGAAUUCACGACUUUCCUUACUUGAACCCGACGCGUGCCGCCAGUGAGCUGGGCAGUCUCUGUGGAGCUCCAGUUCGUGUUGUGGGACGCCGUCUAGCUGACCUCAGUACUUCUUCGCCCGCGUCGAGCGGGGCACUUGGCAAUUUUGAUGCGAAAUCGUACGAUGAUAUCCUCUCACCACUGACCGCAGGGAACGGACGGCGUGACCUGCUGCCGUUGCCCUGCGUCGAUCUGACGAUCGAGGAGUUGAGCAUGAACGGCGUUGUGUUCGGCGAAUCGGAGCCAGUCGAUCCCUCCUUCGAGGACGACCUGAACGGCUGGCUGAAGCUCACUGUCCUGAGCCUGAACUUCCAGUACGCGCUGGGGGGCAAGCAUCCUGGUCUCAAGAUGGCCCCCUGGAAGGUAAGGCACGGGCCCGCCAGCGCGGUGCAGCUGAAGGCCCUGAGGUUGCUGGCCAGGAGUGUGGGCACGUUCCUAUGCCAGUACGAGGGCUCCGUGGCGAACCUCGACUGGACCCAGGAGCUGAAGUCGUCGGCAGUGAGCUACACGGGCAUGGAGGUGUACCCAGCCGAGCAGCUAGACCGCGAGCGCCUCUUGCUCGCCCUGCCGUCGAAGGAGGCUUGCGGCUCGGUAUUGGCGACCGAGGUGAGCGAAGGCUGGAUCAGGAGCGUGCUGGAGCACCCGGAGUGGGUGAUGAAGAGCCCCGCGGAGCUGGGCGAGAUGCCCAAGACCCCGCGCGUCUGGGCCGAGGAUGACGAGUGGGGGCUCAUCGCGGCCGAGCUCGUGAACAGGGGCAUCCUCGUCCCGAUCGAGGCCGACGAGAUCGUGAAGGUCAAGGGCCGUCGCGUGCUGGGCGGCCUCUUUGGUGUACGAAAGUCGGGACGCGUCAAAGGCUCGGGGCCGCAGCGGCUAGUGAUGAACAUCAUCCCGAGCAACUGGUUGCAGGAGACGGUCCAGGGGGACAUGGGUCUCCUCCCGACGACAGACAAGUGGAAGAGCAUCAUCCUGAGGAGCGGCGAGGUGAUGAUGAGCUCGUCGGAGGACCUCAAGUGCUGCUUCUACGUGUACCGGUUGCCCGCGGUGUGGCACAAGUACAUGGCGCUCUCCAAGAAGGUGAGCAGGUCCUGCCUCGGUCUUGACGGGGCCGGCGAGGUGCACGUGGCCGCGGCCGUGAUCCCAAUGGGCUGGGUGUCGGCGACAGGCAUCAUCCAGCACAUCCACCGGCGGCUGCUUCGUGAGUGGCUGGAGGGAGUGCCUCCGCUGCCUGAGGACCGUGAAUUGCGGCGCGACCUUCCUCUGCCUCCACAUCGUGAGAGAGGCUCGGUGGUCUCUCAGGGCGAGGCGAGGCUGCCGGUGCGAGGCGAGCUGGGCCGAUCCUACAGCGACGAGCGCCCACAGGUGUACAUCGGUCGCACAGGGCAGCGGUAUGGCUUCUCCCCAUCCAAGUGGGCGAACCCCUUCAAGGUGUCAAAGAUGAUGCCGAGGAGCGAGGCCAUCGCGAAUUACGAGAGCCACCUGCGCGACUCGCCCGAUCUGCUGGCCUGCUUGCCCGAGCUCUCGGGCUGUCGCCUCCUGUGCCACUGCAGGCGAGGGCAGCGCUGCCACGGGGACGUGCUGGUCAAGAUGUGGGCGGAGACGGUGCCGAAGGCGACGAGAGGAGAUGACACGCUCAUACCGGAGGGUGCUGGUACGGCCUGCUGGGUGGUGUGGCAGGUGUACAUCGACAACCUUGACGUGCUGGAGGUUACCGACGAGGUCUCCGCGGCGGCGCUGAAGGCACAGGGCCCCCCCGAGGUGGUGCAGCUGGCUUGCGAGAGGUACGCGCAGCGGGGGGUGCCCAGGAGCGAGGAUAAGGCAGUGUGCCGUGAGCCUGUCAGUCAAGUUUUGGGUGAGCUCAUUGACGGCACGAGGGGCGUGAUCAGCCCGCCCCUGGAGUUCGUGUACCGUCUGCUGGGCCUCACCUUCGCCACGCUGGAUCGGAAUGUGCUGACUCAGACUUGGCUGCAGGUGGUGGCGGGCCGCUGGGUGCGAGCGAUGAUGUUCAGGCGUGAGACGAUGUCCGUGUUCGACGACCUGUGGCGUGCCGUGGUGCGCUGGAGAGGCGAGCGCAGGCUGCCCGCUCCCGUUCAGAGGGAGCUGCUGCUGGCCGUGGGGCUCCUGCCGCUCAUGAGGUGCGACCUCAGGACGCCCGUGAGCGGGCUCGUGACCGUGUCCGACGCCAGCAUGCGCAAGGGGGCGGUAUGCCGGGCUGUGCGCCUGCUCCCACACGGCGUUGAGGCAGCCAAGGCUUCUCGCAGGCGCCAGGUGGGGCGGCUGCAGGACGAGGGCGUGCUGCUGUCGCUCUUCGACGGGAUCGGAGGUGGAAGACGGGCCCUCGACAUGCUGGGGCUGAGCGUGGCCGUGUAUGCUGCGUCGGAGACGGACCCAGAGGCCUGCCGCGUGGUGAAGUACGCGUGGCCGGACGUGGUGGAGCUGGGCGACGUCACGAAGCUGAGCGCGCAGGACAUCGCCAAGAUCCGAGACAGGGCCCCUCAUGUGCGCUGGGUCCUCCUGUUUGCUGGAGCUCCCUGCGUGGACCUCACCAGGCUGAGCGUCGACAGGCGAGGGCUGUCAGGAGCGAGGUCGGGCCUUUUCUACGAGAUCAAGCGGGUGAAGUCGCUGGUGAAGGAGGUGUUCCCCGUGGAGGUCGAGGUGUUCGACUUGAUCGAGAAUGUGUCCUCCAUGACGGCCGAGGAUCGCGACACGAUGUCAGAGCACAUGGGGCUGGCCCCGGUGAUGAUCGAUGCCGCCGACAUCUCACACGUUCGCCGAGAGAGGCUCUACUGGUGUGACACCGACCUCAUGACGCCGUGGCAGGGCGAAGUCUGUGUGAAAAGUGAGGUGGUGAAAGUGACGAUCCCUGGAGGUCCAGGCCCGCUGGGCCGCUGGCUGCGCCCUGGGCGAGAGUGGUCAGGAGCCGAGGUUCCUGAGCAGCGUCUGCCCACCUUCGUGAGGUGCAUCCCGCGCGGGCGUGCCGGCGACAAGCCAAAGGGCCUGCACCAGUGCAGCGAGGCCGAGCUGGAGCGUUGGCGGAGGCACGACUUCUGCUAUGCGCCGUACCAGUUUCGAGAUCCUCACUGUCUGCGAUGGCAAGGAGGUGCGCUGGAGCCUGCGGAUUCCUUUGAGAGAGAGAUGUUGAUGGACUUCCCACCUGGGCACACGGCGACAGCGCGGGCCACGCGGUUCCGCAAGCUGGCUGAGCUCGAGGUGGUACGUUGCGCCCUGCUGGGCAACUCGUUCCAGUGCGGCGUGGUGGCAUGGAUAGUGGCGCACUGGGCUCACCGACGCGGCUACCUGGACUCGGUCCCCACGAUGGCGGAGGCGCGCGCGGUCGGAGGCGCCUUCGACGCUGCCGAGGGCCUGGUGCAGGUUGCCAAGGAGGGCGACGACAGCGGGGUGGUGAUCAGGGACCGUGGCCUUGAAGAGGCCGAGGCGCAGGCGGACCCGAGCAUCCAGAUCGUGGAGGAGCUGAUCCGGCGAGCUGAGGUGAGGGGCUCGGACGUGCGCCUCGACACGCUGGAGGUCAUGCGCCCUGACUUGUGGCCACGCCGCCCGAUCAGCGUGAGCCGCUGGACGUGGAAGACAGUGCUGGUCUGGAAGUGGAGGUGGAAGAGCCACAUCACGGCGCUGGAAGUGCUGAGCGCGCUGGCAGGCCUUCGCUGGCGCUUCAGAGUGGGCCAUCACCUUGGCACGAGGUUCGCUCAUCUGAUGGAUUCGCAGGUUGGACUUGGUGUGAUAUCGCGGGGGCGCUCCUCCUCGCAUCUGCUCAACGCAGCCGUCAAGAGGAUCUCAGCUCUGGUCCUGGCGGCGUCGGCAAGACCGAUCUACGGGUACACCGAGACCGACAAGAACCCAGCCGACGACCCUUCGAGGGAAGGCGGCAUGUCAGGUGACAGCAAUGCCAAGUGGCAGCUGCAGUUCAGCAACGACGGCCUCAGCCUUGUCAUAGCCCUGCCAGUGACCAAGGCAGGCAAGAGACGACACUGUGAGGAGUCCGUCACACUCCACGACGCCAGGAUUGUUCACUUCAUCAAAGUGCUCACUCAGCAUUUGCCGCCUGAGAGCUCGUUGCUGCAGGGCACCGUGCCCGAAUUUCGUGAUGUGUUCAAAGCUCUCUUGAGGCUGGAGCAUCCCGGGCAGCUCGCCAGGCAGCAGAGACCGCGGCCCCGCGUCCUGCUCUUCGUCGAGGGCGAGCUCUGCCCGGAGUUCCUGUCGCUCGACCAGCGGCUGGAGUCGAUGGGUGGGUGCAUGGGCCAGCGGGCCAUGGGCCUGGGUGGAGGCGCAGGCCCGUGGUGGCGCGACUCGCGCGUCGCCUCGCGCGCCGCGGCGCCCAGGGAGGUGGCCGCCGCGGGCUGCUGGCCCGCGGGACCUGGCCUCCAGCGCGCGGGCAGCCCGCCGGCGUCGAGGGCAGACGGCGCACCCGCGCCAGCAGCGAGCAGCCCCUGGCUGUGGGCGCAGGGCCUGGACCGCCAUCCCGCCGAGGACGCGCAGUCGCGACUGGCGAGCUGGGCCGCGAGGCCGUGGGCGCGCACGAGCUUCUCGGCGAGCGCAGACCUCUACGCGACGGUCCCCGACGCGCCGAGCAUCGCCGCGCUGCGGCGGCUGCAGCCGGAUUUCGUGGUGGGGCGGUUCGACCCCUACGCCGUGGUGGUGGUCGCCGACGCCGCGCCUCUGCUGGAUCGCGACGGCUACGACUCCAUGAUCCGGAGAGGGCUCCUCGGCCUGGGCGGCGUGGGGUCGCUGCUCGGCCCGGGGUGGCUGGGCACGGAGAGGAUCGGCCUGGACCGCUCCAAGCGCCUGCCGCGCUGGCAGAGGCGUCUGUAUGACGUGGUCUUGGACACCCACGUCAACGGGUCGGCGGCCUUGCUGCAGGUGCACACGCGGUUCUUGCCGCGGGGCGCGCGAGCAGACGAGUGGGUGCGUCGGGCACGAGGAGCGCUGCACGCCUGGGAGGGCCUGCAUCCGGGCUGGCGGGCGGCGCUGAGCGGCGGCGCGUGCGCCGCGACCGACGCCAGCGACGCGACGCUGGGGGCGCUGCCCAGCUACCUCGGAGCGUGCCUCGCGGGGUGCGGGGGGCUGGUGCUGCUCAUGUUUCGGAGCCUGCUGCUGCCCCUGCGGCUCGGCGGGGCGCUGGUCUUCACUCUGGCCGCCACCUUCGGUGUUGCGGCGGUGAUCUACCAGACUCCACUGCUGCACGGCAUCUGUCCAGAGCUUCGCAACUUUGAUGGCAUCUGCUACCAAGCCAUCCCGAUCGCGGUCUGCGUCGCCGUGGCCUUGGGCAUCGAUUACGACAUCUUUCUCGUCAGCCGGAUCUUCGAGUACCGACUUUCGGGGCUCGGCGAUUGCGACAGCAUAGUUCAGGGCGUGGCGAGGACGGGCGGCAUCAUUUCUGGCGCUGGCAUCAUCAUGGCCCUCGCUUUCUCAGGCAUGCUCUACAGCGACAGGCUCCUGCACAGGCAGAUUGCCGUCAUCUUGGUAGUCUCUGUGCUGUUGGACACCUUCGUGGUGCGAACAGUACUGGUGCCGGCCUCCAUGUUCGUCGCCCGCGAAUGGCGCCGCUCCACACAUCGCAGUCAAGAAGUGCUGUUUACGCUCCUCCGUUACGCGAUGGGAUUCGGUCAGCUCGCGGCGACGAGCCAGUUCUACCUGUACGGCAGGAAUCACUUCACGCAGACUGGCUAUCAGAAGCAUAGGGCACGCUAUGCACAGCCGGACAUCUUGUCACAGGAGCUGGACCUGUCCGGCAAGGUCUACAUGAUCACGGGCGCCAACUCCGGAGUCGGGAAGGAGGUCGCCCAGUACCUGGCCAGCAGGAACGCCACGAUCUACAUGGUCUGCCGCAGCAGGCAGCGCGCCGAGGCCGCCCGGGAUGAGAUCCUGGCCACGGCGCCUCAACCUCGCGGCAAGGUUCACGUGAUCCAGGCCGACGUCGGCUUGGAGGCUGACGUCCGGCGGUGCUGGCUGGAGUUCUCCGCGGCCGGGGAGGGCCGCCUGGACGGGCUCGUUUGCAACGCCGGCGCCCUGCUGAACGAGAAGACGCUCACCUCCGAGGGCGUGGAGGUGACCUUUGCGUCGCACCUGCUCUUCGGCACGUACCUUCUCGGAGAGCUGGCCAUGCCCACCCUCGAGGCCACGCCGGGGUCGAGGAUCGCCGUGGUCAGCAGCGGCGGCAUGUACAAUUUCCCGUUCCCCGCCUGGGAGGUGGCCACGUCCACUUCCACGGAUCCCACAGUGAAGUACGACGGGCAGUUCGCCUACGGCUACGCCAAGCGCGGCCAGGUCCUGCUGUGCGAGAGGUGGGCGGAGCUGCACCCCGCCGUCGUGGUGGCGAGCUGCCACCCCGGCUGGACCAGCACGCCGGCCGUGGAGGAGGCGUACGGCAGUUCAAAAAAGUACCUGGAGCCCAUGCGCACGCCUUGGGAGGGUGCCGAAGGCAUCAUUUGGCUUCUCGUCGCGCCCGCGGAGAAGAUCCAGCCGGGCGCCUUCUACCUAGACAGGGAGCCGCAGGUGAAGCACCUGGCAGGGCCGUUCUUCACAGAGGGCAGCUUCACGAAAAACACAAAGCAGGAGGUGGAUGCGAUGAUGGAGAAGUUGAAGGAAUGGUCGAGCGGGGGCAGGUCGGCGGACCUGAAGGCGUUCGCCGAGGCGCAGGUACUGGCGACAGAGGCGCGCACCGCUCCGCUGGCCGCCAUGGAGCGGCCGAUCGAUAUCGAACGGUUCAUGGGUCGGUGGUACGUCAUCUACAACAUCCCGACCCCCUUCGACAAGGGCACGGCGAACAACGUGGAGAACUACUCUUACGACGCGGCGAGCAGGAGGGUCGACAUCGACUUCACCUACACCGACAUGUCGUUCACGAAGACGUCGCUGCUGAAGCAGCGGGCGACGGUGAAGAACACCGAGAACACCCAGUGGUCGCUCUCUCCCAAGAUCGGGGUGUACCUGCCCACGUCCAUUCCGUACCUGGUGGCCGACUGCGCGGAGGAUUAUUCGACCUGCAUCAUCGGCGUGCCCGACCGCAAGUACAUCUGGGUCAUGGCGCGUACCCCCGAGAUCGGGGCCGAGGAGGCCAAGGCGCUGACGAGAAAGGCACAGGUCCUCGGCUACGACGUGGCCAAGCUGGUCACCGUCCCCCAGAAGUGGGCAGAGGACCAGACGGCCGCGGGCGCCUGAGGCCCGGGGGUGGCCCCUCGCGGGAGUGCCGCCCUCCCCCCGGGCCCACAAGCGGCCAGGGCGGAGGCUCGCUCGCGCCCCGCGUGAGGAUGUUCGAGCACGGCCCUCGUCUGGUCGAGCUGUGCGCCGCAGUGCGUACCGCAUGCCUCCACGCUGCGCACCAGCGCCAGAUGGAUCUUUGCCCGCUUGCAGAUUUUCCGCCCAGGCCGCGCCCUUUCUUGGGCCCCCCGGUGCGACAGACUCCGGGGCCCAGCAGGGGAUGCACGGCCUCGGCCUCGUCGCCCGACCCUCCCCUGGGGGACCCACUGGCGCCGUUCGGCGCACGGGGCGCGGUGCACGCCGCGGCAUUCUCCCCGCGCCGCUCUCGAGGCCGGGGAAGCCCCUCCGGCAGGAGGGCCCACGGCUUCGGGCAGGGUUCGCACGUGGCCCCCUAUCGGCGCUCUUCCUCCUCGGCCGAAGGGCCGAGGGGAACCUCGACGUCGCUCUUGCGUGCAGUCGUGCGCCGCUCCCCGGGCGCCCUCGCGCGAGCCGCCGCGGGGCCCGGCCCCUCGCGGGGCGCGUCUGCCGCACAGGGCGCGAGGGCCGCCGAGCGGGCGCGCGCGGGGGCCCGAAGGGGGGCGGGCCGCGGAGCCGCCGGGCCGUCGCGCGCGGCUCCUCCUCGGGCGCCGUCGUCGGCGUCGACGUUGGCUUCGGGCCCGAUGCUGCACCUCCUAUACCCC